CUAAAUUGGGUUAUUCUGAAGAGGUUAUGAUCGGUAAGAGGCCAGGAGGUCUCAAACGGGCCAUUAAAACUGAAUACUAGCCCAAUUGGCCAUUAGCAUUUGAACACUGCCGCAAGUGAACCUCACCAGUGCACUGCCGACUGCUUGUAGCUCCUAAUCAUGGCGGAGCAAAGCAGCUGUUGCCUCCAAAGAGGGCAGUACCUUGGAGAAAUCUCUGCCCUUUGCUUUCUACACCUUCCUCCUGACUUCUCUUCUCUUCCUUUUCUUCUAGCUGGAACUGGUUCACAAAUUCUUGUCUACGAUUUAACGACUGGGAAGAUGAUAAAAUCAUUUGAUGUGUUUGACGGAAUUCGAGUGCAUGGAGUUUCUUUGCAGACAUUUAACGAACACUUGUCGGGUUCACAUGUUACUUUAAAUAUCGCAGUCUAUGGUGAGAGGAGAGUUAAAGUUUUCAGCUUGCAAAUUCAGAGGGUCUCUAAUUCUCAAACUGAGCAACAAGCAUGUUUUCAUUUAACUUUAAGUCUCCUGCUCCUGUUACCUAAGUUUAGCCACUGGGUUUUGGACGUUAGCUUUUUGAAGUGGGAUGGUGCUACUUCUUCAAACAAUGGUGAUUGUCUUGCCAUAGGAUGCAGUGACAAUUCUGUACAUAUUUGGGAUAUGUUGAGAUGUUCUCUCCUUUCCAGAGUAAGAUGCUCAGAAAGGUGUUUGUUGUACUCCAUGAGGAUUUGGGGCGAUGAUGUUGGAUCUCUCCGUGUAGCAUCUGGCACUAUCCUUAAUGAGGUUCUUGUUUGGAAAGUGGGUUGUAAGGCUGCUCCUGAUGUUAUUGGAAGCCCUACAGAAGACGUUUUACAUUUGACCAGUCACGAGGGUCGCCAGCUUCCUUGUCAGCAAUAUGAAGCUGUAAAUAUAUGUAAACUAAUUGGACAUGAAGGUUCAAUUUUCCGCCUUGCAUGGUCUGCUGAUGGAUUUAAACUAGUAUCUGUAUCUGAUGAUCGAAGUGCUCGUAUCUGGACGCUCGGUGCUAAUGCUUCCAACCACGUGGUUGACUCUGUCUUAUUUGGUCACAGUGCUAGAAUUUGGGACUGCUAUAUAUUUGACUCUUUAAUCAUAACUGCUGGCGAGGAUUGCACGUGUCGUGUAUGGGGAAUGGAUGGCACACAACUUACAAGAAUCAGGGAGCAUGUGUAAGUGAAAGGAACGUUUCAUCAUGGAAGUGACUUCUUAAUUAUGUUAUUAUACCAAUUAAAUUAUUAUUUCUCAUUUUUGACUUCAUUAGUGUCACUUUAUGUCCUGUGGUGCAAAAUGUCUUGCUUGCAUUGUACACCUUAGAAUAAACUGGCUUAUGAUAUACUCCCUCCGUUUCAAUUUAUGUGAACCUAUUUGACUGGGCACGUAUAACGGUGGCAAGUGGGCCGGUCCCGGGCCUAAGUGGGCCGGUCCAAACGGUCCCGGUCCCGAUUUAAACGGGCCAAACGGCCCCGGUCCUGGUGGUCUUUUUGUAGGAACCGGCUCGGAACCGGGCCCACG